AUGUGGUCAGCCGUCCGCACGACCAUAGGCCGAGGCCUGUUCAGCCCUGCGGUGGAGAGCAAGGUCUUCACCCCCGCAGCUCGUCGCAUUGCUACCGCAUCCGCAGCCCGCGCCCCUCCACGGCCAAGAGGGACUCUCUGCGUGCCUCUGAUCCAGUGCACAGAGAGCACUCAGACCCGUGGCUUCGCUGGCACGGCCACGGCGGCCGUGACUAAGGAUACGGCAGCAACGACAAAGGCAAAGAAGGCGCCGGCAAAGAAACCGGCAGCAAAGACAAAGGUAGCGGCAAAAAAGCCGGCUGCGAAGAAGCCAGCAAAGAAAACGACGGCAGCCAAGAAGAAGGUGGCAGCCAAGAAGCCGGCUGAAAAGAAGCCCCGCAAGGUAAAGACGGAUGAAGAGAAGAAGCAGUUGAAGGUGCGGGAGCUCAAGAAGCUGGCGCUGCUCGAUGAGCCCACCAGACUGCCGGAACGGUCCUGGGUCAUGUACGUGUCGGAGAGGAUCAAGGGUCAGAAGUUGAAUGGCGACAAACACUCCAUGGUCUCGACCAUGCCGAGUCUCAGCAAGGACUACAAGGAUCUGUCGGAAAUCGAGCUUCAGCGGCUCCGUGAUAGCGCCACCAAAAACAUCGAGACCAAUGCCGUGGCCUACAAGGCUUGGGUCGAGAGCCAUUCGCCAAAGGAAGUGGCCGAGGCCAAUCGCGCGCGCGCGCAGCUCAAACGGCUCCAUCCAGGAUUCCCUCCAGCCAAAAGAGAAUGCUGUCGGCAUAUGCUCUUUUCACCAAGUCGUGCUGGCAAAGGGGCAAGUUCCACGGCGGGCCCCUCGCUGAUUGCGGCCAAGGCUAUCGCGGCCGAGUGGAAGGCCCUGCCCGAGUCGGAGCGCCAGCCGUUCGAAGAAGAAGCCAAGACCGACUUUGAGCGUUACGAGAAGGAGGUCAAGUCCGUCCUAGACCGGGUUGUCCUCAAGAGCUCUCCUCCGUCCUCGCCUUAA